AUGGCCGUUGAAACUCACCCAGACUUCCAAAUCAUUAAAUUUGUCCUUCAUGUUGAAGGACAAGAACCGAAAGAGGUUCAAGUCAAAGAUGCUGAUGAGAUCCACAUUCAACUUCCAGGUGGUAUUAAAUAUUACAUGACCUUACACUUCCAAGUUAAAAACAGAAGAUAUGAAAAUGUUAAAUAUAUCCAGGUUGUCAAGAAAGCCGGUAUUACUAUUAGAAAGAAUGAAUUAGAAAUUGGUUCUUAUGAUCCUUCUGAAGAAAUCUAUACUAAAGAUUUCCCAGAGAGUGAUACUCCAGGUUCCUGGUUAGCUAGAGGUAAUUAUCAAAAUGUUUCGACAUAUUAUGAAGGUGACAAAGAAUUAUUUGCUACACCAUGGACUCUUGAAUUAGUUGCAAAAGCUUAG